AUGGUCGGUAAUUUCGUCAUUCUACCUCUGAACACGAAGUACAGAGGUCCUGCAUUUCCUGCCAACUCUGAUUAUGAUAUUAUAGAUGAAUGCCUAGACCUUUUCCGUGCCAAUUCUUUUUUCAAGAAUUUUGAAAUCAAGUCACCUGCGGAUAGGGUUCUGAUCUAUGGAAUUUUGUUUGUUAACGAAGUACUAGCACAUUUAAGACCUCAUACCAACUAUAAUGAAGCUGUUAAGAUUGCAACAAAUGUAGCAUUGGACAGCUUUACCAUUCCAGGUACACCCGGUUUCCCAUUAAACACAGUUUAUUCAGUGCCUGUGCAGGAUCAUAAUGCAAUGGAGUUACUAAGGACAUAUAUCCAGCAAUUUCGUCAAGAAUUAGCAAUGAGACUUUUGGAAAGACUUUACAGGGACUCAAGGGAUCAUCCAUCUAAAUUUUGGUUAGCUUUCACUAAGAGAAGAUUUAUGAAUAAAACUUUGUGA